AUGUCGUCACUAACCAAUCCUACUAUCAUGGAAGAAGAAACUCCUCCUCCUGCCCCACCAGUAGAUCAAAAAGGGGGCGGAGCUUCGUCGAAGAAUCCACGUCGAUACAGUUUGGUGCAUCAAGCGAGUUGUGAGACACAACAUCAUAUUGGGAUACGCAGACAGAACACUAUUCAACACAGGAAACAACUCACUGAUCAGAUGAGAGGACAGAAGAUCCUCCAACAACUAAACGACGAGGGUGUCGAGGUGAUCUUCGCGGCGCCUGACGUCUCCUUACCAAUCGAAUUUUCAGUCAUCGCAACGUCCACCGACUCGUUGACACCGUUUCUCACAGAUAUUCUCAAGAAUAUGGAGACCGCCCAUGUCACAAUUGGUCACGUGGAGACACGCCCCUCCAAGAAGGAUUCUGAAAGGGGCGGGGCCUCUUCUGAACCGUCAGACUCCGCCCACGACGUCCUUCUCUCGUGCCGAGCCACAAAAACCCAACUAAUCCAUGCCGCUGAGCUGCUUACCCAGAAUCACGGCGCCCUGCAAGCAUUCUCAAUUUUUUCGAUCAAUAAAUCGAAAUCAAUCGAUAAAAAUCAAUCGAUAAUCUGGUUUCCACGUCAUAUCUCUGAAUUGGAUCGGUGCUCCAAAUGCAUUACGAAAUACGAGCCGACGACUGAUCCACGUCAUCCUGGACAUGGAGACACGGCAUACAUUGCGAGAAGGAAGUAUUUGAAUGAUUUGGCACUUGAAUUCAAAUUUGGUGACGAGAUCGACUAUGUCGAGUACACUGAGGAGGAGCACGCCACAUGGAAAGCGGUCUACGAGAAGUUGUGUGAUCUACACGUGUCACACACGUGUACAGUAUACCGUCAGAAUCUGAAAAUACUUCAGACGGAGCGUGUGUUGACGGCGGAUCGAAUUCCACAGAUUCGCGAUGUCAACAAGUUUUUACAGAAAAAAACGGGAUUCGAGCUGCGCCCAUGCUCGGGUCUCCUCUCGGCGCGUGACUUCUUGGCCUCCCUGGCGUUUCGUGUAUUCCAAACGACAACUUAUCUCCGUCAUCACGCCUCACCCCAUCACUCGCCGGAGCCCGAUUUGAUUCAUGAGCUCCUGGGGCAUGUUCCAAUGUUUUCAGACCCGCUGUUGGCUCAAAUGUCUCAGGAUAUCGGAUUGAUGAGUCUCGGAGCAUCUGAUGAGCACAUUGAGAAGUUGGCCACCGUUUAUUGGUUCAUUGUGGAAUUCGGAUUGUGCAAAGAGGAUGGAAAGUUGAAGGCAAUCGGAGCGGGAUUACUGUCGGCUUAUGGUGAAUUGAUGCACGCGUGCUCCGACGUGCCAGAGCACAAAGAUUUCGAGCCGGCGGUCACUGCCAUCCAAAAAUACGAAGAUUCCGACUACCAACCGUUGUAUUUUGUGGCCGACAGUAUCCAUGAUGCUCUUGCAAAACUCCGAAAAUACGCCUCGUCGAUGGACCGCCCGUUUUCUGUCGUCUACGAUCCGUUCACAAAGUCUAUUGAGACGAUUGAAUCGAGUGCCGACUUGGAGAAGGCAUUCAGUCGACUGUCCAACGACUUGAGUGCAAUCACCCAUGCGGCGGAUCGCAUGAAAAUUAGUGUUUCAAUGUGA